UGCCGGUCUCACAGCCCAGCACACCGACCCCGGAUCAGGAUCCACCCGCCUAACUCCAGCGUAGUAAGCUCCGUCCCCCUCUUUUGUCUCUGACACAGAGAACAGACCAACCUGUUGAGUGUGUCAGUGCGGACAGACAGGGUGUUGGCGCACAGUGAAGCUCUCUGCUCCGUCCCUCGCAUCCGUCUCACUGGAGAAAUUACCUCGUUUCAGUCGCAGCAAAAACAAGUACAAGGUAAACAUCCUCAAGCUCCAAGAUGUCAAAGAUCUGUGCUUUGGUGUUGAUGACACUCGUGUCCCUGGUGUCGGCAGAAGAAGAGAAGCCGGAAGACGACCCAUUUACUUUUGACUACCACAGACUGCGUGUCGGAGGCCUGAUUCUAGCUGCCGUCCUCUGUCUCAUUGGCAUCACCAUCCUGUUCAGUGGCCACUGCAGAUGCAAGUUCAACCAGGACAAGAGGAGGAGGACAGGAAGCAAUGCUCAGCAGAUGCUCUCUGACCAAGGUAGUCGUUCCUGCGACUGCUAGAGUUCGAUCAGAACACACACUGACUUCCCAAACCUGCAACCAAGAGAUAACAAGAAGGAGGAGCAGCAGCGAUUUUUUUGUCACCCAAUGAGAGGCUUCUCUUUGUUUUUUUGUUUGUUUUUUUAUCUAGAGAGAUCAACAGGAAAUAGUCUUGUGCGUAGCUGCUGUGAAGUGUGAUGCUUGCUGCCUGAUAAGCUACUGUCCUGCAGCCUGCACCUCCACACAAACCCACACUUACACACAUUGUCACUGUUACUUUCAUCUUCAAGUGACUUCACACAACAGCCCCAAUUUAUUACCAAAAAAAAACAAGUGUCUACAUGCUGUAGGUCGUGUCUCGCUCUACUUUUGCUGUCUGUAAUGUAUGUGUAUGGUAAACAUUGAUGUAGAUAUUAGUCGCUAAUCGUGACCAAGCUAACCCGCUGUCCAUUCUUUCAUGUCAUAUAUAUACACAAUCAAUGUGGCCACGAUAGUUCAAGAUAAGCUGCGGAGUCUGAUGUUUAGCUUUAUGGAGGAGUUGUAGCGGAUUGCACUGUUCAGAGAUACAGAAAGAAUCUGUCAUGUUUCUAUAAAAGACCUGUUGAAACGA